CCACAUCCCGUUCGAGAAGACCAACCCGGAAGCGAACGGCGGAAAUAUAAAAUCCACCUCGCGCUUUCGGCUCGCGAUUUUUGCUUGUUGUUUCCGCCUGCAGUUUGCUUCUAUUCUGCCCGAAUGGAGGCCGGCCGAGUGGGCGGCGGACCGGUUUGAAGAAACGAUGUCCUCGCGUUUAACUUCCCGGGGGGAGUCGUAAUGUGAGUGGACCGAACACCACCAGCCAAAGACCCUGCGACUGACAGACGUGCCCGCCGGUGGAUUAUUAAACACCGGCCUCUCUCUGCUCCUUGGACGAGAAAGCGGGGACCUGUAGUGAGUGCGGCUCUCAUCGUGUGCAACAGUGACAAAACCAGGGGAACAAGUUCUUGGCCAUUGUUCUUGGCCAGUCCUCAACUCAUUGGAAGCUUUGAUACAGGACACAUAGAAGAAAAACAUUUUUUACUGGAUGCACAUACAUGGCCAAAAGACAUAUGGCCCUGCUGCUCAGCUAACCGAAGGAGACCACAGCGCGGGCCCCAUCAUGUUUCUGAAAACGUCGUUCACCACCCUGAUCGUGGGGUUGUUUGUGGUGUACGUGCUCCACACCUGCUGGGUGAUGUACGGCAUAGUGUACACCAAACCCUGCGACAGCCCCAAAGGUGACAACUGUAUCACCCCCUUCCUGGCAGAGAAGCCGAAACUACAGUUAAGUAUCUACACUGCACUGCGGCCCAGUGCAGAGGGAGGACACACCCUGAUCCACAAAGAGGAGAACUUUGACGUCAACAGCAAGUUUGAGAGAAUAGUCAACGUCUCCCUCCCUAAGAAGACCCGUAACAAUGGAACUUUAUACGCACUAGUAUUUGUCCAUCAAGCCGGCGUCACUCCUUGGCAGGAUCCAAGACAGGUCCACUUGGUAGCUCAGCUCACCACAUAUAUGAUCCCUAAACUGCCGGAAAUCUCUUUGAUAUCCGGAGAGGAUCAAACACAGGGUCUAAAUGAAGAAGCCCAGAAGAAGAAACAAGGCGAGGGUAAGCGUGCAGCAGGGGGCGGAGCCACGUCCACGACAGAUCACCCAGUUUCCCACUGGCGAGCCCGUCUGACUCUCAACAUUGUCAGCGACCACUUCCAUUUUGACAGAGAAAACCUUCCAAGCGAUGUACACAGAUACCUCAGGGCAUUCCAAAAUGGUAAAAAGAUGGUGUAUCUACCUCUGCUGUUUGUUGACGAGCUCAGCAACCGGGUCAAGGAUCUCAUGGAGAUCAACAGUACCUCCAUGGAGCUUCCUCUGACCAUCUCUUACGACUCCAUCUCUCUGGGGAGGCUACGCUUCUGGAUCCACAUGCAGGAUGCUGUUUACUCUCUGCAGCAGUUUGGUUUCACUGAGAAGGAUGCGGAUGAGAUUAAAGGGAUCUUUGUGGAUACCAACCUGUACUUCCUGGCUCUGACCUUCUUUGUAGCUGCCUUCCAUCUUCUGUUUGACUUCCUGGCCUUCAAGAACGACAUCAGCUUCUGGAAGCAGAAGAAAAGCAUGGUGGGAAUGUCGAGCAAAGCAGUGCUGUGGCGAUGUUUCAGCACCAUCAUGAUUUUCCUGUACUUGCUUGACCAGCAGACGAGCCUGCUGGUCCUCGUCCCCGCCGGGGUCGGCUCCAUCAUUGAAGUAUGGAAAGUGAAGAAGGCGUUUAAGAUUCAGGUUUUCUGGAAAGGAGGCAAACCGACAUUCCUGUUUGGGAAAUUAGAUGAAUCAGAGAGGAGAACAGAAGAGUACGAUACUCUGGCCAUGAAGUAUCUGUCAUACUUGCUAUACCCACUGUGUAUUGGAGGAGCUGUGUAUGCUCUAAUAUAUCUACGAUAUAAGAGUUGGUACUCGUGGUUGAUCAACAGUUUAGUGAAUGGUGUAUAUGCCUUUGGCUUCCUCUUCAUGCUUCCUCAACUGUUUGUGAACUAUAAGAUGAAGUCUGUGGCACACCUGCCCUGGAAAGCCUUUAUGUACAAGGCAUUCAAUACCUUCAUCGACGAUGUGUUCGCCUUCAUCAUCACCAUGCCAACAUCUCACAGACUGGCAUGUUUCAGAGAUGAUGUCGUGUUUCUCAUUUACCUCUACCAGAGAUGGCUCUACCCAGUCGACAAGACCAGAGUGAAUGAAUAUGGGGUUUCUUAUGAUGAAAAACCCAAAGGAAAGACUCACAAGGACUAGAGAGGAACGACAGAUUAGUGGUCUCCAUGGUCUGGUACCUGCAGGCUUUGUCUUCUGUCCCCUGGUCUCUACUGGUCUCAUCCGGUAUCAACUGAGCCGGUGUAUUGAUCCAGGUUCAAGUGGCGCCUUUGGCUUUUUGCAGUCCGUAGAGUUUCUGUUUGUUUUGUUUAUUCUUUUGUGUUGCAGUGUGAGUUGGGACAGGAGGAUCAAUGCGAUCAAUCAAUAACUCUCUUUAAACCGCCGUGACAACGUUGAAAAAAUGGUUAUCGGACUCUUGCCUCAUGAUAAAAUGAUUUAUCUUCAAAAUUUCAUGUGCGGUAUAAGAAUAUUAUAAAUUUUAACAAAUUCCAGUUAACUGACAGAGCAUACUUUGAGCCUUUCAACUCAAACUGCUUUGAGGAACCAGCACUAGAUUGAGGAGUUGUAAAACCAGAGCUGUUUGGUUCAUCAGAGAAGUGUAAUUCAUUUGACUACAAGAUAAUCCAGCUGCUCUUUUUACACCUGCCAGGAUGACUGAGAUGCGAAAAUUUCAUGCAAACUCAAGAUGGGUGUGACUUCAUUGAGAUAAAAAAUACUGUGCUUUGACAAAUAUAGCGCUAUAUCCAUCAGAGUUGGGUUUAAUUACGCUGAACAGUGGACUUUGCCUGGAAUGAAGCUUCCCUGGUCGUUUUUCUAGAAAUUAUAUUAAAUUGUGCUAAUUGUUAAGAUUUUUCUCACUGAAAAGGCUUUUAAAAAUGUACCUCUUAGAAAACAUAAAUGAGUAGAUAUUUCAAAUUUGUUUUGUCCCAAAUUAUACUGUAGACAAAGCUAACAUGUUAAUUAUGUAGAGUAUGUGUUUUUAAAAAAAUGGCUGAGGCAGGAAUAAAGGGAAAAAUUUCAAAAAAUAAUUGAAACUUUGAAAUGCAUCACUUUGAUGUUGUACUUUGCGUCUAUGCACGCAAGGUGGCUGCAGUUAGAGCAGAGAAGAAGAUUUUGAUUUGUUGCCAUGGUGAUAGGGAUAGAUUCCCGUAAUGUUUCGGAAUCUUGAGCUGUAUUUGAAGCAGAUAAUAAGAUUCUGACGCUGUUGCCUGGAGAUUGGGUGGAAAUUGCCUGAACAUUCCAGAAGCUGUUGUCCACAUGUUCAAUGCUACUGACCUUUACUACGCUGUAGCACAGGGGCAAACUACUUAAAGCCCUCUGUCCUUUACAUCCAUUCUAGUUUUGAAAUUGUACCUGCUCAAGUAUUGUUUACAUAUCAGGGCCAAGAAAAUCUGUUAGUGCCAAAUGUGAGAAUGAUUCAGUGAACUGUUUGGGAGCUUUGUAUGUUCACUGCUGUUCUAUGUUCUCUCUGUUUUUAAAUACACAUUGACAUUGUGGGGAGGAAAGAUAAACAGUAAGACUUUGUGGAGAGUAUUACUACAUCUGGAUUUACACAGUCACAUUUUGAUUUUUCUGCCAAUAUCUGAAUAUUUUAGCUCUGUGCACAAAGAUCCUGCGCAGAUUUCUGUUCCUGUUGAAAUGCGGCCAGGGGGAGAUGUACCAGAAUUGUUCCUUGAAAUGUUUUUUUCUUAUUGUAAUGUUGUGUUUUUGAUUGCGAUGUAAUAAAAUUGACUGACUGAG